UGUAUAAUUAGUGUAUUUCAGCAGCAAAUAAACAAGGAUAAUUUGGUACAAAUUGAUCAAAUGUACUUUUUUAGUGUCUUGUUUGUAUUUAUUCGAGGCUUCGUCAUAUCACAAUUGAAAAAGUCUAUUUGGUUCAUUUACGUGAAUGGAUUGUGCUGUGUUCAUGUAAUUUUUUUAAUCGUUUGUUAUUUUUCUCACAUCAAUUUCGAUCAACGAGGCGCGUGGUGAUGACGUAGUUAACCUGCUCAUGUGAGGUGGGCGUCACCCCCCUCCUCCCCAGGUGCUCGUCUGUCAAUCGUUUUCUUUUUUUUUUUUUUUUGGUCAGGUCGGUCUUCUCCUGGCUGUAAACAAAUGGACACGACAAUGCUAGGCGGACAAAACAUGCAAAAUGUAAACCGGCAGCACCGAGGGGAUUCGCUAACAUGCCGGCACGCAAGAGACGAUUUAAUGUCCGCUUCUCACCGGCUCGCAUCAAAAAGAUCAUGCAAAAGAAUGCAGAGGUGGGAAGGAUUGCCAUGGCGGUGCCUGUCAUCAUCUCUCGACUUCUUGAGAUGUUCCUCAAGUCUCUGCUCACCAAAACCUGUCUGAUCACCCAAUCCAACCUCAGCGGCAUCAUGUCUCUCGUGCACGUAAAGCAGUGCAUCGAGUCGGAGAAGCUCUUCCACUUCCUGAAGAACACGACGGCGAGAUUCACGUUCCCGAGCGCGCAGAAGGACAACGCCGGUCUGAGCGUGUGGCCGGCUUACUUGACCAAACGACCCGACGGGCGCGUGCGAAGAAGCGCAGACGUGGGAGAGGUCACGCUGCGGCGAAGCCCCGACUCGCUUGGCAACGACUCCAGCUCCAGUGUAAAUAACUCGCGCUCAAAUUCAUUCAUCAUAUACUGAA